UCUCAUAAAAUCCCUUAUAUAGAUUUAGGGAGAAUCUCUCGGAGCCACCGGAACCUUACCACCACCUUAAAACUCUUUCUUAUUCAUCUUUCUUAUUUAGGAGUUGCCCUUAUCGGCAGUAGUCUUGCCAUUAGAACACAACACAAGAAUUAAUAGGCAUUAACAAGAAGAGACUCUUUUUCCUUCGCUACCUGAUACAGCACAGCGUCAUUCUUCUGUUUUCUUCUUCCCCAACUCUCUCUCUCUCUCUCUCUCUCUCUCUCUGUCUUUGGUGUUUGAUUAGUAAUGGAUCGAGUACAAUUGAUACUGAUAGGAUUACCACUAUUCCUCUUCUGUUCAGAUAUUCUUAAUCUCUUCUCACCACCACCUCCAUCUAAACCACUUCCUGCUAAACCCAUUCAUCACCAGCACCAACAACAACAAUAUCCUCCUAUUCAGCAAACCCUAGAUUUGCCUACUCAGACAAUCGGUGGUGGUGCUGGUUAUGGUAAUACGAUAACCAUUAACUUCUGCUCCUCAUGUUCUUACAGGGGAAAUGCAGUGACAAUGGGGAAGAUGCUUGAAGCUUCUUUCCCUGGGAUCGACGUUAUCCUUGAGAAUUAUCCAGCACCCCUUCCAAAACGUUUGCUUAGCAAAGUGGUGCCAGUAUUUCAAGUAGGAGUUAUGGGUAUUGUUAUGGCGGGUGAACAGAUUUUCCCACGUCUAGGAUUUGUGACACCGCCUGCCUUCUACUUUGCUAUGCGCCAAAAUCGAUUUGGAACCAUUGCAACUGCUUGGCUUUUCGGAAAUGCUUUGCAAUCCUUCUUGCAAAGUUCUGGAGCUUUUGAAGUUCUCAUCAAUGAUGAGUUGAUUUUCUCAAAAUUGAAGGAGAAGAGAUUCCCAAGUGAAUUUGAGUUGAAAGACAUUGUUGGCAAAAGAUUAUCCAAUUCAAGAAUUGUCGAUGGACGUGGAGCAGGAGUUCUAUGGUCCUAGUGUGCUGAGAAGUCUUGAAGAAGAGUUUUUGAUGUAAGGCUUUGAAUAGGUAUGCAGGAAAAUGCUGAAAGAAAGUACUAUAUUGGUAGACUGAUACUGAUAUUUUAUUACUCUUACCCAUGUUGCAAAUCAUAGUUUCACAACUCGAAUGACAAUUAUCUCUCUAAUCAGAUUACUUAUUCAACUAACGCAAAA